UUACCGUCUAUAGCUAUGCAUCCCCUUCUUGCCUCUAUAUUGCCUUAUUUCGGUUGUCUCGGCUGGCAACGGAAAGCCACCAACGCAGCUUCUCAAGAUCCAUUGUGCUCUAUCCUACAUGACGGAAAAUACCGAAUAAAUGGAUGCCCCGGGUUUCGAAGGCAUUACAUAAAACGGCAAGUUGGUGACAGCUAUAAAAUUGUGCGCCAAGUGAGCAUGUGCGAUUUCAAUGAAGGAGGACAAACAUUUACUACCUUUUGGACUGAGACGUUCAACAUAGAAGAAAGAAAGCUGCGCAAGUCCGAGCGUGGCCGAGAGUUACUGGAAGAUUAUGAUAUUUGCAAGCGACCCAAUCGUUGAUCUUCUUUUCUUUCUUUUCCCUGCAUCUUUCUAUCCUAUGAGCUUCCUAUGGCCACACUUAACGCGGCGGCAGAUGUAUAUAUUCCGAGCAUUGAUUACCCUAUGUUACUUUCAUCAUCUCUUGAUUGUUAUUUCCUGUCCCAUCGCAACAUGUGCUUUAUACAAAUUGCCAUUCACAAGCCAUGCGGCAAGAAGUACGAAGGCCUGAUUCCUUGUGGCCCAGUUUUCUGUACGCCUGAUAAAUACAACGCAACACGAACCCAACAUCUUGCUUCCCCAUGCAGGGAGUGUGAU